AUGUCCUCAACGGUAAAUGAAUCGAUGCCAACGUCAACAACACAAAAUUGCACUAAAACACUCUAUCUUAUUCGACAUGGUCAAUCAUUAGCUAAUCGUGAUCUUGCUGAAACAAUCGAAUAUCAAGAUGCUGGUCUUACCGAUCAAGGCAUCACUCAAGCUCGAGGUCUUCAACAACAUCUUGAGACACUUGAUCUCGAAUUGGUGGUUGUCAGCCCGCUUACACGAGCUCUUCAAACAUGUGAUAGCGCGUUGCCUGCCUCCUACUCUGGCGUGGUUAUUGUUCAUCCUAAAAUUCACGAAAUCUGUGACUCGUAUUAUAGUUGUGGACAAAAACGAGCAAUUAUUCGACGAGAUUUUGCUAAAUUUGAUUGGUCGCAUGUGCCAGAAAACAAUGUAUGGUGGUGGCCUUUUGAUGAGCACGGCAAAUCGGAGCCAACUGAAAGUGCUCAUGAGCGCAUAUAUCUUCGUGUAAAAAAUAAAUUUGUACUUUAA